AGAAAGCAAGAAAACAAAUUUUGUCGUUUCUUUGAAGAGAGAGCUUCACCUGUGGUUGUCUCUCGCCUCCCCUGCUUGCCGAUUUGGACUGGUGCGUCCUCGGUUGCAGGCGGCGACAAUGGCUGCCGCCUCUUCAGGAGGUUACUUGUUCCUAUCCUGUUUGGCAGUCCUGUUCUGCCCGGCUAUAGGUCAGGAUGGCUCCUGCCGAGAUUUAGGAUUUUCAUCCAACUUGCUGUGCAGUUCUUGUGAUGAGUUGUCAUCACUGUCCAUGAAGUUUCUGGAAGACGACUGCCGGCGAUGCUGCCAAGAGGAGAAAGAAUCUGGCACCGAGUCUGCAAAGUUUGCGAAGGCUGUGCUGGAAGUGUGCAACUGAAAAUUGGGUCGCUUCCCGCAGAUCCAGGCGUUUGUGAAGGGAGAUAUGCGUCACGAGUUUGCUAACUUGGAAGUUAGGAACAAGCGUGGUGCUAACCCAGUACUUCACAUGCAGGAUGCGGGGGGAGAGGUCAAAGACAGUUUGGCCAUCGACUCUUGGAACACUGACAGUAUCAAGGAAUACCUGUCCGCCCAUCUUCAAGCCUAAACAACCUCAUAGGCUGAUAAGCUAUGCCACUGGAACAGCAGGAACUCUGUCUUUAUGACUUGACCUCCGUAAAGCCUCGCGUUUGGUGGGUUGUCAACGAUGCUGUGACACGUACCCUUGCUCAUUCCAUACUGGCCUAGAUCGAAUCACUAACAUCUUUGUGAUUGUUUUGUUUGUUUUGGUAUGCUGUCUAUGUUUGCUGUUUUUUUUGUCUGCUCUGAUAGUUUUGAUCUGUGCAGUUUCUAUGUGCAUGAGUUGUAUUUGUUUUUCCCAUUGAAGGCUUCAUGAUUGCAAUUAGAAGACCAGUAGAAUCCAAACUCAAA